UUCUGCAUGAGUGGUGAUAACACUCUACAGGCUGCGAAGAUAGCCAUCAAUGGGGUGUUGGAGAAGGAGGGUGACGAGCAUUUUGUGAUGAUCUUGUCCGAUGCCAAUCUCGAGAUAUACGGCAUCCACCCCAAAGAACUGGGUCGUGUGCUGGCGAGUCAUGACGA